AUGAGCUCUUCCUCCUCCUCCCGCUUCUUCUUCUUCUUCUUCUUCUUCUGCCUCAACUUUCUGGUGCUCGUGGUGCUCGGCGGAGUGGCGGACAGACGGCGUCGUGCCGUCGACGACUACUGGUACUACUCGAACCAAGUGCUCAACAAUUUGGUGGCCGACAACGUGCUCGGCGGUCCCACUUCUCUCGGCAAGUUAUCCACAAACAUUCUGACGGCGGGCGACGGCGGUUUUUUCAGGAUGGGCACAGGUUCCGCACGUCUACAGCCCAAUGUUCUCGCCUGUUUUCGGACGAUAG